UCUUUUUCAUACUCUUCCGAUCAGAACAGUACAUUAUUAUUUCCUAAUUUUUUUACUCCCAAAAAGAACCUAUUUUUUCAUUGAACAUCAGAUUAUUUGGCACAUUUUGCUGGUUUUGGAACAUUGUUAAGAGUAAUGCGUAUUUUAACUGUAUCAUUGGUUGUAGUCAUCUUGGCUCUGUUCGUUCUGGAAACAAAAKCAGACAAGAAAGCCAAGACUAAGAAACUUCAAAUCGGCAUUAAAAAGAGAAUAAAGGACUGCAAACAAAAGUCUGCAAAAGGAGAUUCUCUGCACAUGCAUUAUACGGGUAAAUUAGAAGAUGGGACAGAAUUUGACAGUAGUAUUCCUAGAGGAGAACCAUUUAUUUUUACUCUUGGUACUGGUCAGGUCAUUAAAGGAUGGGAUCAAGGACUUUUAAACAUGUGUGAAGGGGAAAAGAGGAAACUUGUUAUUCCUUCCGAUAUGGGGUAUGGUGACAGAGGUGCACCACCAAAAAUUCCAGGAGGUGCCACUCUUAUCUUUGAAGUUGAAUUACUCAAGAUUGUUAAACAGAAUAAAAGUGACUUGUAAUCUGAGCACAUAAUUUGAUUUCUGUGACAAGAUUCUUCUACUUUUUUCCAUUUUUGAUGAUCAUUUGUAGUGCUGAGUUUGUCAAUAAAACAGAAACACUUUCAA